GUCGAAACCCUAAAUCUCCGAUCUGGAUUCGUACAAUCUCUUGGGGAUUAGGCUGGAAGCGACCUUCGGAGAUCUUCCACCUCGCUCUGAGCUACGGCAAUGAAGAACCCGUGGAGAGUCCCGGCCGCGUGUCUUCGUCUUCUUCCGCAUCGUCGUCGUCGACGAUGGGCUCGGCGUCGCGGUCGUCUUCGGCGUCGUCGAUAGUGGCGCAAGAUCAGGAGCUAGGGUUUCGGAUCGAGUUGGAGUGGUCGGCUGGGGACGACGAGGAGCAGGUGGCUCUCAGGCUUCAGUCGCAGCUCAUGGUGGCGCUGCCGAUGCCGCAGGACACGGUGGAGGGUGGUGUUGAAGGCGGAGGAUGAGAAUGUGGCUGUGGAGAUGACGGUGGUGAAGCGGAGGGAGCCUCUGCGGGCCGUGACGAUGACCAAGGUGGCCGGGUCGGGUCAGCAGAGCGACGGUACCGGCGUGUUGACGAGAGUUUUUGAGGGCCAAACCCAGCACCAACGCACUGCCACCAUAACCCAAACACAACACAACUUACAGCCACCCAAAUUCAGCUAAAAAGCUUCAUGCUCUACUGAUGAGUUUUUGGUUACAGAUCCUUGGGCUUGAGAUUAAUGUUUGUGAUUGCAGAAGAACUGAAACCAAAAUCCAAACCCAAUCCUACUUUUAUAUUUUAGGCCCUUUUGGGCCUUUUUACACUGGGUCUAAACAAAGUCAAAAUAUAAGAGAUUCAAGCCCAAUAAAAAUGUCAAAUGGCCCAAAAAUAUUCCUUAAAAAACCCAACCAGGGCUACUCAAAACAGAAUUCCCAAAAACACUCCAACAGAAGUAGAGAGAGAGAGAGCUGAGAAGAAGUUGCCUUCGAAUCAUCAUCGGAAUCAAAGAUCACAAAGUGCUUUAUAUUUUUCCUUGCAAAUGGCUGGAUUUAGUAGCCUUGCACCUAAGAUGAAGAAUCUAGUUGUCGCUGGAAGCUUGACAGGAUUUGUCUUUAGUGUGUACUUCUACACCAUGAGAGCUGUUGCCAGUGGUGAUGAACUGCAGGUGGCUAUUGAUAAGUUUGAAGAGCAGAAAAGCAAGGAUGUGUCAACCGUGCCAUCAAAGGUUUAACUUAGUACCCAGUUUAGUAAUAAUGUAAUCAGGGGACACAGCUGAAUUUUAAUUCUGUGAUAGUGAGAGAGAUCAUCUGAGUUUAUUGUUUUAUCUUCAGACAUGGCACUAAAGGUUUAAUAAUAAAACCAGCUUUGUAAUAAUGUAAGCACGUACAAAGUUAAAUGUUUUUUGUGAAAGUGAGCAUGCUAUAGUUUUGUUCUUCAA